GCCGAGCGUGGGGGUGGCGGGGCGGGCUCCCGGCCGGGUCCGGGCUGAGGGCUUUACCCUGGGGGCGCACUCAGGCCCGCUCCUGUUCGGGCCUUCCGGACUGCACUGGGCCCGCGUCCUGAAGUGACCUCAGCCCGACCUCGGCCAGCUGCUGUGACCUUGGCCGGCCCCAGCACCCUUGCGCACUUCGGCGUGAUCCCCGACCCAGGAUCUGAGAACACGUCUCACACCCCUUCCUCAAGGCCGACUCGCGGUCCAGGGGUCAGCCGUGCGGAGGAGUGGGGCGGGCAGUGGCGCAGAGUGUGCUUUUGGCGGCCCCCAGGAGGUGGCCAGUGCUGGGUGAUGAGUGGGAGAGGCAGUGUCCUUGUCGUCGAAGUCUGGUCUGUCCCGGGGCCGGAAAGUGAUGCUGUCUGCACUGGGCAUGCUGGCGGCAGGGGGUGCAGGGCUGGCUGUGGCUCUGCAUUCUGCCGUAAGUGCCAGCGACCUGGAGCUGCACCCCCCCAGCUAUCCGUGGUCCCACCGCGGCCUCCUCUCCUCCCUGGACCAUACCAGCAUCCGGAGGGGUUUCCAGGUAUAUAAGCAGGUGUGCUCCUCCUGCCACAGCAUGGACUACGUGGCUUACCGCCACCUGGUGGGCGUGUGCUACACCGAGGAUGAAGCGAAGGCCCUGGCGGAAGAGGUGGAGAUUCAGGACGGCCCCAAUGAAGAUGGGGAGAUGUUCAUGCGACCAGGGAAGCUGUCUGACUAUUUCCCCAAACCAUACCCCAACCCUGAGGCCGCCAGAGCAGCCAACAAUGGAGCAGUGCCCCCUGACCUCAGCUACAUCGUGCGAGCUAGGCAUGGUGGUGAAGACUAUGUCUUCUCGCUGCUCACCGGCUACUGUGAGCCGCCCACUGGGGUGUUGCUACGAGAAGGCCUCUACUUCAACCCCUACUUCCCUGGCCAGGCUAUUGGCAUGGCCCCUCCCAUCUACGACGAGGUCUUGGAGUUUGACGAUGGCACCCCAGCUACCAUGUCCCAGGUAGCCAAGGAUGUGUGUACCUUCCUGCGCUGGGCAUCUGAGCCAGAACAUGACCAUCGAAAACGCAUGGGGCUUAAGAUGUUGAUGAUGAUGGGCUUGCUGUUGCCCCUGGUCUACGCCAUGAAGCGGCAUAAGUGGUCAGUUCUGAAGAGCCGGAAGCUGGCAUAUCGGCCACCCAAGUGACACUGCCCAGGGUCUGCUUGCCAUCCUGUUUGAAUGGGCCCUCAAGCCAAGAAGCCAUCCUGGUUCUCUUCAGACGCCAGCUGGCCCUCUUGGCCAAGCCCCUCUUCCUCUGGGCAAAAGGGUGGAGGGGGCAGGAGACCCGGUUCAAGCUCAAAGUCCUUCAGCUUCUAUCAUGGAAAUAAAUUAAGUUUCUCAAUGGA